AUGGCGACGCGACCGUACGACCUCGUGAUAUGGGGCGGCUCCGGGUUCACCGGCAGGCUCGCCGCGGAGUACCUCGCGCGGAAGUACACCCCCGGCGGCGCGUCGUCUCCCAAAGCCGCCGACGGCGGCGAGUCCGUGCGCUGGGCCAUCGCGGGUCGCGACCGGCGGAAGCUCGAGGAGGUGCGCGCGGAGAUCGAGCGGAAGCACCCGCACGUCGCCGGGAAGAUCGACGUCCUCGUCGGCAGCGUCGACGACGCGAGCUCCAUGCGCGCGGUGACGUCGCGCGCGUCCACGGUGCUGUCCUUCGCCGGGCCGUUCGCGCGGUUCGGCAUGCCGCUCGUGGACGCGUGCGUGGAGACGACGACGGACUACUGCGACAUCACGGGCGAGCCGAACUUCAUCCGCGCGUGCGUGGACAAGCACGACGCCGCGGCGAGGCGCGAGGGGAUCAAGCUCGUGAACUGCGUCGGGUACGACAGCGUGCCGUGGGACCUCGGCGCGUGGGCGGUCGCGAGAGAGUUGAGAGAUAAGCACGGCGACGGAUGCGUGGACGCGUUCGGCCACGCGGGCGCGGCCAAGGGCGGCGUCAGCGGCGGCACGAUCGCGUCCGCGCUCAACGUCCUGACGACGACGCCGUGGGACGUCCUCAAGAAGAUGGGCUCGCCGUUCUACGUCGCGAACGGCGGCGGGGCGGGUCUGAGCGACGAGACGAAAGCGCGGUGGCGCACGCAGAAGAGCUACGCGUACGACGAGGACGUCAAGUCGUACACGAUGCCGUCGAUCAUGGCGUCAAUCAACACGAAAGUCGUCGCGAGGUCCGCGUCGCUGUGCGCGCAGCUGUGCGCCGGCGAUUCGAACCCGUACCCGCCCGACUUCGCGUACAACGAGAGCGACCUCUCCGGCGGAUACGUCGCCGCGAUGGUCGGCACGGCGAUGAUGAGCGCGUUCGGCGCGGCGUUGAUGUUCCCUCCGUCGCGAUGGCUGCUCUCGAAGACGGUGCUCCCCGCGCCCGGGCAAGGACCCGCGGAGACGACGCGAGAGACCGGGUUCGCGAACAUCUACGUCGUCGGCAAGGGCGCGAAGGCGUCGACGCCCAAGGUGUGCGCGCACAUGGAGUUCAAGGACGCGGACCCGGGGUACAAGGGCACCGCCGCACUCGCGGUCGAGGCGGCUUUGUGCCUGGCGCUGCCGGCGGAGCGGCGGAAAAACGGCGGCGCGGUGACGGGCGGCGGCGUGCUCACGCCCGCGUCCGCGCUCGGCGCGACGCUGGUGGACCGUCUGAACGAGUCGGAGAAUUUCUCGUUCGCGGUGAGGCCGCUCGAGGAGGUCACGCUACGCGGCGCGUCGAAGCUGUGAGAGAGCGGCGGGCGCGCGGGCGGGCGCGCGGCGAAGAAGGGGGGACGAAAGCGAAAGGAAAGGCGCGAACGAGUCGUCAACGGCGUAAUCACGACAUUAGUGUACUAUACACUGGUCCCCAUACGACUGCGUUGGCGAGGUGGACGCCGAUUCUUAAGGACUU